ACGGAAUGAUUGAUAUUUUAAGUACCGAACCACAGCUAUGAACAGCUAUGAACGCAGGCAUUACAUCUAACUAAGCCAAUGGCUAUCCUGCAUUGUAUUUGAAUGACAGUUGUUGCAGUUCUGUGGGGGAAGGGAUUUGAGAAGUUCAUAGUACCGCCAUCUUGAAAGGUGCUGUGAUAUGGAUGGCUGUUUCCCUUUUGCCGGAAUCUACUUUAAACAGUUCUUUCAUUUAAGGAAGCGAAAUGUUCUGGAAGUUUGACCUGCACACAACGUCCCACAUCGAUACUCUGCUGGAGAGGGAGGAUGUGACUCUGACAGAGGUGAUGGACGAGGAGGACGUCCUGCAGGAGUGCAAGGCCCAGAACCGCAAGCUGGUGGAAUUCCUUGUGCAGCCACAUUGCAUGGAAGACUUGCUGAACUACAUUACCCAGGAGCCAUGCAAUGACAUGGAUGAGAAGAUCAAGUACAAGUACCCCAACAUAUCCUGUGAGCUCCUCACCUCUGAUGUGGGGCAAGUUAACGACAGGUUGGGUGAGGAUGAGAGUUUACUGUUGAAGCUCUACAGCUUCCUUCAGAAUGAAGCCCCCCUCAACCCACUGCUGGCCAGCUUCUUCAGCAAGGUGCUGAGCAUCCUCAUCAGCAGGAAGCCCGAUCAGAUUGUGGAGUUCCUGCGGAAGAGGGAUGACUUUGUGGAUCUGUUGAUUAAGCACAUCGGGACCUCCGCCAUCAUGGACUUCCUGCUUCGCAUGCUGACCUGCACCGAGCCGCAGCAGCUGCGGCAGGACGUGCUGAACUGGUUGAACGAGGAGAAGAUCAUCCAGAGGCUGGUAGACAUGGUGCAGCCCUCUCAGGAUGAAGUCAAGCACUCGAAUGCGUCCCAGUCCCUGUGUGAAAUCAUCCGCCUCAGCAGAGACCAGCUGUUCCAGGUGCAGAGCAGCCUGGAGCCAGACCCCCUGCUGGCCACACUGGAGAAACAGGAGACUGUGGAGCAGCUGCUGUCCAACAUCUUUGACCAGGAGAAGAGCGAGUCGGCCAUCGUCAGCGUCAUCCAGAUCCUCCUGACCCUGUUUGAGACGCGGAGGCCUGCCUUCGAGGGUCACCUGGACGCCGACACGCCCGGAAUGAGCCACCCGUCCUUCUCCGUCAGCCCGAGCGUGUUGGAGGCGGUGACCCCGCGGAUAAAGCACUUCCACCAGCUGCUGCUGGAGCCCCCCACGAGGAGCGUGCUGAAGAGCACGUGGGGGGUGCUGGAUCCUCCGGUGGGGAACGCGCGCCUGCACGUGGUGCGUCUGGUGGCCAGCCUGCUGCAGGCUAACACGCCCACCAUCAGCCAGGAGCUGAUCCGGCUCAACACUGUCGCGGUCAUACUGGACAUGUACUUCAAGUAUAUUUGGAACAACUUUCUGCACGUGCAAGUGGAAAUCUGCAUUGCCGUGAUCCUCGCCAUACCCCCCUCCAGAAGCGAAGGCUCCCAAACCGGCACCGACCAGGAUCAAGUGCCUGUGUGGGAAAACCAGCUGGUCACUCACCUCUUUCAGGAGUGUCACCUAAUACAGAGGAUACUUGAUGCCUGGUCCUCCAAUGAGAAGGAGCAGGCUGAGGGUGGACGGCGGAGGGGGUACAUGGGUCACCUGACCAGGAUAGCCAAUUGUGUUGUGCAGAACACUGAUAAAGGACCCAACAGCACCCAGAUGCUGCAGAUCAUCUCCGAGCUCCAGGAGGAUGUCAGGGAGGGAUGGGAUUCUUUUGUAUCUGGUCCACUUGCAGAAACGAACAAGAAGAACACUGUGGACUUGGUGAAUACUCAGCAUAUUCACUCAUCCAGUGAUGAUGAGCUAGACUUGAAGGGUAGUGGAUAUCACCAGGAUUCCUCCUUGCAACAGGCCUUUUCUGAUUAUCAGAUGCAACAAAUGACGUCCAAUUUUAUUGAGCAGUUUGGCUUCAAUGACGAGGAGUUUACCAAUCAGGAUGAUAUAGUGGAUAUUCCCUUUGAUAGGAUAUCAGACAUCAAUUUUUCCUUGAAAACGAAUGAAAGUGCUAACAUCGCCCUGUUCGAGGCCUGCUGCAAGGAGAGGAUCCAGCAGUUUGACGAUGCCGGUUCUGAUGAGGAGGACAUUUGGGACGAGAAAGAUGUGAAUUUUGCACCAGAUGCUCAGAGGCGUCCACGUUCGGGGAGCACGGACAGUGAAGAAAGCACGGACUCUGAGGACGAGGACCUUAAACAGGAGCCCUUUGAGAGGAAUGGCACAGGCCCCGAUGACAGAAUGGAAAUCGACAUGAGUGAAGCACCCACGUGGACGGCAAACUUUGACGACGUCCCCAUGGAGACCACCAGCUCCGCGGUGACGGGAGCACCCGUCUCUAAGGCGGCCAAUCCUGCCAUCUUAUCCAUUCCGGAAGGCUGGAGCUCCCCCAAUCACGUGCCAGGAAAGGCGUCCGUCUGGGCCGACUUCACAGACUCUUCAGGAACUGAGAGUCCAAAAGAUCCUCUGAGGAGCUCCUCCCCUGUUGCCAUGGAAACCAGCUUAGAGGCAGGGGACCCGCUGGGGGCCGGUAUGCUGCUGCAUGCAGAAGCGACGGGGGGCUGGGGCGGCGAGGAGGAGGCGUCCCCCGCGGGACACACCGGCGUGGGGGCGGAGCAGGAGCCACCCGGGGGCCGGGUCACUGAGACCGUCACUAACGGCUUGAUGAAGGAGACCGUCAGCCUUACCGUAGAUGCCAAAACUGAAACUGCUGUCUUUAAGAGAGUGUUGAAAUCCUGUCGUGAGGAAGAGGCCUCGCCUAACUCUGAUGUGCCCGCUAAGUGCUCCGCUACGGGGAGCCCCGUGUCAGAUGUGAGCCCCUCCCCUACAGACACGCCCACCAGCGGCCUCCAGAAAGGGAGCAUGGUGGACUCAGAGGACAAAGUGAAGUCUCCUAGUGAAGUUUCCAAUGGGCCCCUGGAAGACGUGGCUGCUAUGGAAGAACCCAAAGACCAGCGAGUGCCAGCGUCAUCGGAGGCCGUGGUGAAUGGGCCGGUCUGAUGCAGGGUUGGGCGUGACCGGGGCAGGCUGUCCCCGCCCACUCUCCUCCAGAGAGUAGCCGGUGCGCUACAGCACAUCAGGACCAGCAAUACUCGUAUACAAGUGUUCACAACACCUCAAGUGUAGAAAGGAAAAAGCUACACUCAAACGGAUGAACAGAACAUUUUCACUUCUUUAUAACCUUCAGUUCUAGUUGGAUUAUUAUUUUGCCAUUCAUGGGUAACAGAAAGGUUGCUAUAGUUUGAAAGAUUGUAUGAAUAAAGUAUUUUACAAAAGAAAAAUGUAUACAGAAACCAAGAAUAUGUAACUACAUAACUGAGCUAUACCAAUUGGAACGUGUGACCAAAUUAAGUUGUUUUAGAUAGUUUCCUUUUGCACUAAUUUCAUUUCCUUCCAGUUUUAAAGCAACAGCCACCAUAAAAUGUUAAUCUGUAUGGUCUAGGGUAAUUAUUAGGGCAGUGUAUCAUUUUAAUUGUACAUUAAGGGGGUUUUGCUACAGGUAUUAUUUGUAAAUGUUUUAUAUCCUUUAAAUAUGACAAGAUUUGAAGACCUUUGCUAUAGUUUGUAACUUUAUUUAUUACUGAGAAGUAGCUGAUGUUACAUUAAUACCAGAGCCAUAUGCUUGCUGGAAGUGUUGAAACCGUUGAAAGAAGAACGCUGGGUAACAAUUCCAGCCGGGGAAUUGUUCCUCAUCAUAUAGGUCCAAAAGUAUCAUCAUUCUUCUUUUUUUUUUUUUUUUUUUAAACCUUUUGUACUUGCAAACAACAGAUGUGUACAUAUGUGUCUGUGCAUGUGUGAGGGUUGUACACAGUGCUCUGAACCGUAGGAAUACAUGUAAACAGCAAAGAUGUUGCUAUUCCCAACGCUGCUAAUAUUUUGCACCAAUCUCUGAAUUUUCCAAUAAGAUGGCAUUCAGUGCCGGCAGUGAAAAAUAAAAUAUCAAAACUA